UUUAAUUGUACAAUAAUGUCGAGUGGCAAGACUUUAAUUGAUCAUGCAAGUAACCCGGUUAAAAGUAAAUUAAUCAAUGGAUCAACAGGCUCAGCAACUGGCUAUGGUGAUCUCGAGGAUUAUAUCAUGGAGUUGCAAAGUCGCUCAUUGCAAAAUGGUUCAUCUGAGAAUGACAAGAAUGGUAUCAACAUUGGUAAUUCAGUUAAUUCAGUGAUUAAUGGGGAAACAAAUGUUGAUCCAACGGAAUUAUUGUUACAAUUGGCUCAAAAGGAGAAAGAUUUAAUUCUUGCCGCUGAAUUGGGUAAAGCAUUGUUGGAACGCAAUGAACAACUGACUCGGGCCAAUGAAAGGAUUACAGAGGAAUACUCACAUAAACUUGAGUCAUUGGAACAAGAGAAACAUGCACUUCGUCGGAAACUGGACAAUCUGGAGGGUGAAUAUGAGGGACGAGUCAGUGAAUAUCAAGCCGAUUUGACUGCACUCAAGAAAGAGCUUAAUGACCAGCAGACUACAUUGAAACAGUAUGAACGGGAAAAGGGUAAAAUGGUUCAAGAAUUGAUGGAACAGAAUCACAGGUUAACAACAGAAUUGAAACAAGCAUCCGAAUCGGAGGAACAAUUGUCAAAUCAAUUAUUGUCCCUACGUGAACAGUUUAACGCGCGCCGUUCCAAUCUUAACGACCACGUUGCCCAAAUGGAAGGAUUAAGAGAAGAAAUUAUUUUACUGAGUAAACGCAAAAGUGAUUUAGAAAAAAGAAUAAGUGCCCUUAACGAGGAGAGAGAACAGAUUAGCUUGGCCCUUGAAGAAUCAAACGAAAGGAUAUUAAUGUUGGAGAAAACGAAUCAAGAUCAAACCAUUACAAUCAACAAUUUACAAAGGGAAUUGGAGGAAGCCCGAGUGAUUAAUGAUCAAUUGAAACAUAAAAUGGACCAUUAUGGGUCAACGACUAACACACCUAAUUGUAAUGGAACUGGUAAUGGUGGCGGGCAACCAACAUCACUGUAUAAUGAGAUUGAAAUGUCCUCAUCCUCAUCAAUUGAGGAUGAUCUUAAAUCUAAUCUUAACUUGGAUGAAGAUAUCUGUGAUUAUUCAAAGGAUCUUGAUGAAAAUUGGAAGAAUGGCCAAGAAUUGUCUGAAUUAUAUCAUGAAUUACGUCGCAUGUGUCAAGAUCUUCAUCGUCGCCGUGAGAAUAGUGGUCAUUUUAAUUCAACCGGAGACUCAGGUAUACCGGCAACUCCUGAAGAUAUCAACUGUAACCAUGUGAGGCCGGGAAUGAUUUCAGCUGCUUUCAAAGAGUACAAACAAUUACUUGAAGAGAUGGAUGAUUUGCCUUGUGUCUCAUGUCAAUCAAUUGCCAGUGAACGUUUACAGUUAGAAAAGAUGGCCAAAGAAGCAGUUGAGAGGGAUGAUGAAAUUAAGCGUAAAAAUGAUGAAUUGAUGAAGAUGGCAACUCAAAUGACCAUUUUAGAAACUGAAUUGAAAGCUGUUAAAGAAGAAAGAGAUUAUCUUAAAGAAUCAGUUGAUACUGACGGUGUAAUGGGUAAAGAUGAGCUUGUUAAAAGAGCUUGGGAACUUCGAGAUCAAGCAGUUGCAAGAAAGAAUGCCGUUGAAAUUGAAUUAGCCAAAACACGAAUCGAAUGUAUGCACAUUAAUAGUCAAUUAAUGGAAGCAAUCCAACAAAAGAUAACAUUAUCACAACAAUUGGAACAGUGGCAGGUUGAUAUGCAAAGCUUACUGGAUGAGCAACUCAAAAAUAAACUUUCAAGCCAAGAAAAGGAAGAGAAACGUCGCCAAGCAGAAUCUCGAAAUUUAAGUCCAAUCUCAGCGUCAACUCCAAGCCUGGUUAACAAAACAAAGCUUUUAAGAUUGUUUCGAACGGCAAAUUAAAUAUGUUCAAUAUGUAUAUAUAUAAUAAUGAAAACAAAAUAUUGUAAUAAAUGAAUACAAAUAAAUGUACACAUGAUUUUAACUGUAGAUAA